CGGCACAAUACACCUUGACCCGAUUCUAGAUCAGGCAAAUCUUCGACAUUUCUACAAGAUCGCACGGCCGCCACACCUCCCGACAGCCUCCCCCGACACUGCCCCGAGUAUUUCUUAGCCCCUCAGCAUACUUCGGGUGAUAACAAUAACAGUCGCGCAAGCUUAUCGCCCCUGCCCCUCGGUUUAUCCCAUCACCCCACCAUCGUGAGGUGACAAGCUGUGCGCCGCUUUCAACCCCGAGUACUUCCCCAUCUCCACGCAUUCGCGACUUUGAUCGGUUCCGGGAGCGGUCAGGUCCGAAAAUGGCACCCCCUAAGGGAGGGUUUGCUCCAAACCUCGACAAGUUCCUCGACUCACUCAAGAGCAGACCCGUGGAUGCUUCUGUCGAGAACCUCAUUUCGCUUAUUAAGAGACGGCAAAUACAGGGUUCCGAGGCCUGUGCCAUUGCUACCGCCCGAGUACUCCUGCAGGUAGUAGCCCGCGACAAGUGGGCGGAUGUUGACCAGCUUGUCGGCCGGGUCCAGCUAGUUGGCAAGAAGCUCGUGGCUGCGCAGCCUCGCGAGCUCGUCAUUGGCAAUAUCGUACGGAGAGUGUUGGGUUUGAUCCGCGACGAGGCCUCGGAAGACCGCAACGAGAACGAAUCCGCCAGCCAGUCGUUCGCAGACAUCCGCGAUGCUGAAUCAUCAGUGCCCCCAAGCCCCGUUGGCAAAAACAGCUCCAGACCGCCAAUGUUCAACACAAGAACACAGUCAAUGUACAACCUUCUGUCUGACCCGGACUCGAAUGGCGCCCAUUGGUCCGGUAUCACGACGCCAGGAUAUGGGUCAGGAACAUCUACACCGCUAGCGCAGGCCCAGUCAACGAAUGUGUCCGCACUCAAGUCUGAGAUCAUCGACGGCAUCGAGGAGAUUAUGGACGAAAUCAGGCAGGUUGACGAGCAGAUCCUGGCGUACUCGGAAAUCGUCAUCCACCCCGGUGAAUACAUCUUGGUACACCAACCCUCACGAACCGUGCAAAAGUUCCUGGCACGAGCAGCGACGAAGCGCAAGUUCACAGUGUUUCUCGCAGUCGAUCCCUCGUCCAGCACCGCCUCCGUUGAUGAGGACUUAUACGCUCCCCUUCGCAAGGCGAUGGCGUCGAGCGGUGGCACACUGGUUACUGUCAUGAACACCGGUUUUAUGGCAUACAUGUCUAUGGUCAACAAGGUCAUCAUCGGGGCGCGAGCCAUCACUGCCAAGGGUGGUGUUCUCGUCGAUUCUGGUGCUGCCGUCAUUGCUCGAGCGGCGCACGCACUGGGCCGCCCCGUGAUUGUGCUCGCGGGAGUGUACAAGCUAAGCCCAGAGAGCCAGUUCAACCAAGAGGCCAUCAUAGAAUGGGGUACUCCGUCAAAAUAUGUCAGCUUCUCCGACGGCACUCUCGUCAAGUCUGUCGGGAUAAAGAAUGCGGUAUCCGAGUUUGUCCCCGGCGAGCUCGUGGACUCAUACAUUACAAAUCUGGGCGCGCAUUCUCGUGACCAUCUGCAUAGCAUCAUAAGCGACCAUUACAAGGAGGAGGACAUGAGUUUCGACUUCUGGGGAAAGGUGCAGCGAUGACCCGGCGGCAGUGGUGGUUGGAACCAGAGAUUGCCAGACAUAAACCCGUAGGG